AUGAUGUUCGAGCAUCCCAUGGCGACGCCGCUAGGCCUCGGUAGGAAACCGUCUAGGGUGGAGACGGCUAAGAGAUUCUGGAGGGAGUUGGUGGGCAGCAACCCGCCGCAGAGGAACUGGAAGGGAAUAGCGAUCGCCCUCCUUGUCAUUCUGGUCAUCUGCUCGCUGAUCGUCACCUCCGUCAUCCUGUUGACGCCAGGUGAAGACGACCGUCUGGCUCUCAAGGGCAAAGUGACCGUCGAGGAUCUUUUUCGAAAAGACUUCAGAGCCCACGACCCCAACGCCCGCUGGAUCAGCAAUAAUGAGCUCCUGUACCGCGACCGCGAUGGCAACGUGGUCCGUCUGGACGUGGACAACGGCGACAAGACCGUCCUGGUCCAUCACAAGAAGUUUGAGAUGUACAAAGCCAGCAAGUAUGAGGUGUCUCCAGACAUGAAACACGUGCUGCUGGCCUACAAUGUGGCACCGGUGUACCAGUACUCCUACACCGCCUUCUACAUCAUUUGCAGCUUGGAGACACCCGAGACAUGGAACUUGAACCCACCCGAGGUGCGCAAUGCUCAGCUCCAGUACGCCGGAUGGGGUCCGCAAGGUCAGCAACUGAUCUUUAUUUUCGAGAACAAUAUCUACUACCGCUCCACGGUGGAGAGCCGUUCCAUCCGCUUGGUGUCUUCAGGCAAGGAGGGCGUCAUCUUCAACGGCCUCAGCGACUGGCUCUAUGAAGAGGAGAUUUUUCGUUCCCACGUCGCCCACUGGUGGUCACCAGACGGCGCUAGGUUGGCGUACGCCACCAUCAACGACAGCCUGGUGCCCAAAAUGGAGCUGCCCAUGUUUACUGGGAUGCCCUACCCAACGGGCAAGGAGUACCACUAUCCAAAGGCGGGUGAGGAGAACCCAGUGAUCACUUUGUACGUGGUUAACCUGAACGGGCCUCUUCACACUAUUGAGAUGAGGAGACCUGAUGACCCCAGAUUGAGCGAGUUGUACGUGACCAUGGUGAAAUGGGCCACCACCACCAAACUGGCUGUCAACUGGCUGAACCGAGCCCAGAACAUCUCCAUACUGACAUUGUGUCAGGCCACAACCGGGGUCUGCACUAAGAAACAUGAAGAUGAAAGUGAAGGAUGGCUGUACAGACAGAACGAAAAGCCUCUGUUCUCCAAAGAUGGCCUGAAGCUGUUUUUCACCCGGGCCAUCCCGCAAGGCGGUCGCGGCAAGUUCUUCCACAUUUCCAUGUCCAUUUCGCAGCCGAACACCAGCACGGACACAUUGCAGUCCAUCACGUCUGGAGAUUGGGACGUCACCGAGGUUCUGGCGUACGACGAGCAAAGCCAACUCAUAUACUUUCUGAGUACGGAAGACGGCCCAAAGCGGCGACAUCUAUACAGCGCCGAAACAUUCGGUUCGUUCAACCGCCGCUGCCUGUCGUGCGGCCUGUCAGACUCUUGCGGCUACGUUGGAGGCUCCUUCUGUCACAACAUGAGCUACUUUUUGCUCCGAUGCCAAGGGCCGGAUGUGCCGUUCGUGUCCAUCUAUAAGACGCAGAUGGAUGAGGACGAUGCGUAUGGCGACGUUGGAGGCGAGAUGGGGGACAGACAAAGUAUGGUGGAGGUCCACAAACUGGAGAGCAAUGACGUGCUUAGGCAGACGCUGGACAACAUGCAGAUGCCCGUCACGGAGUACCAGGAGAUCAACAUAGACGACUACACUUUGUCGAUGCAGAUCCUCAAACCCGCUGGUUUCAUGGAGACGUCGCACUACCCUUUGAUGCUCAUCAUCGAUAGCACCCCCGGCGGCCAGAGCGUGUCGGAACAGUUCCGCGUCGACUGGGCCACGGUGCUGGUGAGCAGCUUUGGCGCGGUGGUGGUGCGCUGCGACGGGCGUGGGAGCGGAUUCCAAGGUACCAACUUGCUGCAUCGGGUCCAGAAGAGGCCCGGGGUUCUAGAAGAGCACGACCAACGCGAGGCUAUCAACGUUAUUCUGAAGGAGCCUUACAUUGACAAGACAAGAGUGGGAGUUUUUGGGAAGGAAUACGGCGGUUACGUGACCAGCUUGUUACUCAGCGGCGACCAAUCUCCUGCCAGAUGCGGCGCCGUCCUGUCGCCCAUCACAGAUUUUGAAUUAUAUGCUUCCGCUUUUUCCGAGCGUUACUUGGGGAUGCCCAAACCCGACCCCCGGGCUUACGCGAUGUCCAACUUAGCACACCGAGCGGCUCAGUUCCUGGACAAGAAAUUUCUCAUUGUCCACCCGACGGCGGACGAAAAAGUUCACUUCCAGCAUUCAGCCAAACUCAUCGCUCAACUCAUCCACGAGAAGGCAAACUACACCUUACAGAUCUACCCCGACGAGGGCCACUUCAUCCACAACGAGGCGACCCAACAGCAUCUGAACCAGGCGUUGGUCAACUUUUUCGAGGAGUGCUUCAGGCUACCGGAGCGUCUGUCGGACGAGGAGCUGGACGAGGACACCGAAGAUGAGGGUUAG